GCGAGACAUCCGGCUCUGCACCUAUGACCGAUUGCGCAAUCGCCUCUUCCAAGUAAUUUAUAGAGGGAGCAGCGGCCCAGGAGCACGGCAGCAGCGGUACAGGUGCUGAGCUGCCCUGCACAGCCCUCGCCUCCCCGCUGCGCUCUGCCCUGCGCAGAGCCUGCCACAUACAGCUGCGCCUCCUGACUGCACGCAACUGAGAUGGGACAGGACAAUUGCAAACCUCAGCCUGGGGACCUGAUAGAGAUCGACCGGCCGCUUCAUCAUCACUGGGCCCUCUACAUGGGGGAUGGAUAUGUCAUACACUUGAUACCUAUAGGUAAACGGGAGGGUAAAAAGAAAGGUGUCAAGGUGCCAGUAUUCAUCAGAACAGUGAAGAAGGAGCUCCUGAUGGAGGUGGCCGGAAAUGAUAAAUAUCGUGUAAACAACAAGUCUGAUCAGGACCACACUCCUCUCCCAGUGGAAAAGAUCAUCUCAUGUGCUGUAGCUUAUAUCGGCAAGGAGUUGACAUACUGUUCGUUUGGUAGCAACUGUGAGCGCUUUGUGAAAAAACUCCGCUAUGGAGAGGGAGUCUCUGAGCAGUGGAGGGUGUUUGUAGGUAAUGAAUUGCACAUUCUUGAUAUGAGAGAUGACAAGGAAUACCCAAAACCUGGAGACCUGAUUGAGAUCAAACGGGAAUAUUACGAUCACUGGGCCCUCUAUGUGGGGGAUGGAUAUGUCAUCCAUUUGACACCUGUAGACCAAAAAGUCCCAACCAUGUCAACCCGCAAUGGGAUGAUAGUCAUCAGAACUGUUAUGAGGGAGCUCCUGAAGGAGGUGGCCGGAAAUGAUGCCUGGGCUGUCAACAACAAGUAUGACAAAUACCGCAGUCCACUGCCCGUGGAGGAGAUCAUCCGGCGUGCUGAGGGUUGCAUUAGCAAGAACCUGCCAGAUGAUGUGUUUUGCAGCAACAUUGAGCACUUUGUGACAAAACUCCGCUAUGGUGGCCAGCUGAGGGCUUUUGUAAAUGGUAUGUUGCACAUUCUUGAUAUCGGAGACGAUGAGGAUGACCCCAUCCCUGGUGACCUGAUUGAGAUCAAACGGGAAUAUUAUGAUCACUGGGCCCUCUACGUGGGUGAUGGAUAUGUCAUCCAUGUGACACCUAUAGAUGAAAAUUCUCCACCCAUGUCAGCCGGCAGUGUGAAACUAGUCACUAGAAAGGUGGAAGUGAAGAAAGAGCUCCUGGAGGAGACUGCUGGAAAGGAUAACUGGCGUGUCAACAACAAGUAUGACCCCUACCGCAAGCCUUUCCCUGUGGAGGAGAUCAUCCGGCGUGCUGAGAGCCAGAUUGGCAAGGUUGUGCUGUAUCAAUUGUUCUACCAGAAUUGUGAGCACUUUGUGACGGAGGUCCGCUAUGGAGAGGCAGUGUCUGAGCAGGUCAUGAGAGCACUUGCAAAUCUCCGUUUCAAUUCUUCUCCAGUGAUGGAUGUAUUUGGAGCUGCCGGUUAUUCCUUUCUGUUAGGUCUUUUUGCUCUGUACAGUUUUUCUCUUUCAGUCUCUGUUCCUCUUGUAGCUGCUGUUGGUAUUGGUCUUGCCAGCUGGGAUAUCAUUUCCGAUAUUAUUGCUGAUUACUUCAGUAUUGCCCAAUUCAUAAACGGAAAGAAAGAUAUUCUACAACAGAGGUGCUGUUAGGAAGAGCUCAAGGAAGACAUGGAGUCCUUGGUCACUGUCCAGCUUUUGCCACAAGUGUAAUUAAGAACUGCUAGCAACUGACGUGAUAAUUAAUCCAAAGACUUAUUAAAA